AUUCCAUUUUGUGUACAUGGCAGGGAAUACCACUCUGUCCCUUUGCAAUUUGCCAAUGUUCCAGCUGACAGCCACCCCAGCAAGUGCCCUUGCAGAUGAGCCAGUGCAUAUCCGAGUGACUGGCCUGCCCCCGUUGCAGCUGGUGACCCUAACAGCAUCUCUGAAGGAUGAGAAGGGGAAUGUGUUCCGGUCCAAAGCCUUCUACAAGGCGAAUGAGGUUGGUGAGCUGGACCUAAUGGAGGCUCCUGCAUUUGGAGGCGACUACGUGGGGGUCCACCCGAUGGGCCUCUUCUGGUCUCUGAAGUGUCAGAAGGCUUUCAGGAGGCUGUUUAAGCAAGAUGUGAUGAACAGCCCCUUUUUGGUCACUCUGAACCUCUAUGACACAGUUAGUCUUCAAGAUUUCAGCACAGAAGAGCCCAUGGCCAGCCAGGUGGUCCAGCGCUGGUUUUCGGCCCCUGGGGUACAGCGGGUGCAGGUCCGAGAAGGUCGGGUGCGGGGAGCCCUUUUUCUGCCUCCAGGGGAAGGGCCUUUCCCAGGAGUCAUUGAUUUGUUUGGGGCUCGAGGGGGUCUGGUUGAAUUUCGGGCUAGUCUUUUGGCUGCGCACGGCUUUGCUGUGUUGGCAUUAGCGUAUUUUGCCUACGAAGAUCUGCCCAAGUUACUGCAGGAGAUCGACCUGGAAUAUUUUGAGGAAGCUGCUAACUUGCUACUAGCUCAUCCAAGGAGACACGAGGCCGUGUCUCCUAUUGGAGUAUUAUCAGUAUCUUCACCUUCAGUAAAACUGCCGUCAUCACCACCAAACAUACAUGUCCAAACGCCAGGAAUUGGAGUGAUCUCCGUGAGCAAAGGUGCAGAGAUCGGGCUGGCCAUGGCCUGCUUCCUGAAGCAGGUGGUAGCCACCGUCUGUAUCAAUGGGACCACUGCCAUCUACGAAUUUCCACUCAGGUACAAAGAUCUGGUGAUAGCACCCAUCCCCAUGUUUAUGGAGCGCUUGCAGUGUGACAUCUCCGGGGCUGUACGCCUCCUCCACUUCAGGGGGGACCCCCGGGAUAAGGUGAAUCAGCGGAGCGUGCUUCCUGUCGAAAAGGCCCAGGGUUCGAUCCUCUUCAUUGUUGGAGAGAACGACGAAUGCUUGAAGAGCAGGGAGUAUGCUGAGCAGGCUCUGCACCAGCUGCAGAGCCACGGGAGAAACAAUGGAAGGAUGCUGGUGUACCCGGGGGCGGGCCAUCUCAUCGAGCCACCCUAUGCACCCCUGUGUUACGCUUCCCCAACCAUGAAACUUUCUUCGCCCCUGCUCUGGGGAGGGGAACCCACUGCCCAUGCCGCAGCUCAGGAGCACUCCUGGGGAGAGAUCCUGAAAUUCUUCAGGCAACACCUUAUUCAAGCCAAAAGCAAACUCUGAGCCAGGGCUCAGGGUGACGAUGAAGUGGGGAGACAAAAAAAUAAGACUAAGGCAGGGAGAGGAUGGGAAGAGGAGGUUCUCCUGACUGCUCUAGGUUCACAGUUAUCCUGAAUCAGUUGUUACGAAGUAAGGCAAAAAUCAAGGGCUAAUGGCACAAGGUCAGUAUCUGACAAAUUUGUAUGGAAUUUGAACUUUUUGUAAACUGAAUCUUAGUUUCUAUGCCCCAGGGUACAUUGCUGUCUCAAAACUGUGAUGCCUGAGCAAAUUGAAUCAUCUUUUGUUUCCCAGGUAGGGAUACCUUGGACCCAGGGAUUGCCCAUCUAGAUUAAUUUCCUGGAACUUCCAAGUUACUUGUGGAAAAACAAGUCACUUCUGUUUAAAAUUGAGUUUCUGACAUUUGAUAUGAAAAGUUCUAAUGUCACCAUCACAUGUAAUGCUCGUUAUUGAUUGCCAAUACUUUAUUUUUUUUCUCAGAAUAGUGAUGUUUCUUUUUAUCCAUAAAAUAUAUUCCUUUUUCCAAUUUUAAUCAGGAACGGGAUUGAAUUUAAUCACGUGCUUUUAUAGCAUUUAUUGAAAUUAGUUAUUGAAGUUAGUUAAUAUAUUUAAAGCAAUUAGAAUAGCCCAGGUAUGUAACAAUUAGUGUAUCAAAAUUGGCUAUAAUUAUUUUCAUAAUGCUUUCUUCCUUCAAUCUGUUAAUGUGGUGAAUUACAUUCAUUAUGGACUCAUGUUUCUUUUGUGUCUGAUUUUACUAGAUGAUUUUCUCAUAUUGACUAUAUGGGUUUUAAAAUUUCUUUUGGGGGCGCCUGGAUGGCUCAGUGGGUUAAAGUCUCUGCCUUUGGCUUAGUUCAUGAUCCCAGGGUCCUGGGAUCCCCACAUAGGGCUCUCUGCUCAGCAGGGAGCCUGCUUCCUCCUCUCUCUCUGCCUGCCUCUCUACUUGUAAUCUCUAUCAAAUAAAUAAAUAAAAUCUUUAAAAAAAAUUUCUUUUGGAGCCAACCUGGUCAUUCCUAUUUUCUCAGAAUUUCACCCAUAUUUUCUAGAACACAUUUUUCACUUAUAAUUUUGAACAUAUCCCCUAUUAUUUGCAUUCUUUCUCUUUUUUCCUCUCAACCUGACUUACCAAAUAUUUUUCUAUUUUGUGGAUCUUUCCAAGAACAAUUUUUGGUUUGUUUCUUGGUCAAGUCUUUUUGUCCUGAUUCCUUGAUUUCUGUUGUUUUAAAAUAAAUUCAUUCCAUCUCCAAUUUUUUUGUGUUUAUUUUUCUGGCAGUGUUCUUGUUUUGUUAAUUUCUAGGUAGUUCCUGAUUUACUACUCCCCCACCUUUAAACCCAAGAAUAACUUUACCAAAGUACAAGGUAUCAGGUAAGGGGAAGGGGUAAGGAAAUUUGCAGUUGAGGAAAUUUGCAGUUGACUGUUACCACCUGAACCCACGGAUCAAACUUAACAUCUCUUAAAAUGGUCAUUUUUACAUAAUGUGCUUCAUGAUGAGAUGUAAGGUGGAGUGCCUAGCGCUACUUAGAUUACUUCUAACAACGCUACUAAGCUUGAACGUAAUCAAACCUUUACAUCAAACUUCUUAUUGAUACAGUGCCUAGAGACCAGUUAAACAAUAUUACGAAGAGACAAAUCCAGGUUGUGGGUCAUUGUAUAAUCUGGUCUCACCAUAAGUUAAUUAGCAAUUGACUUGUUUUUUUUUCAGAAGCUGGUUUCAUGAAAAAGUUGGGGAUUUUUCCUUUGUGCAACCCCCCUCCCCCGCUUUUUUUUUCUUUGGCAUUGGAGUGAACUAUGGAACUAUCAAGCAUUAAAAAAAGACUUAAGGGACAUAUCAACCAAAUGCUAUUUGUGGGUUUGGUUUGAGCAAAAUAACUGUAAAAAAAACAUUUUGGGGACAAUUAGAAAAAUCUGAAUAUGGACUGGAUAUUAAAGGAUACUAUGAAAUUGCUGUUAUCUUGUUAGCUGUCAAAAUGGUAUUGUGGUUAUGUAAAAAGUCACUUUUAGAUAAAGAUGUAUACUGACAUAUUUAAAGGUGAAGAGUUGUGAUAUCUGGGAAUUGUUCUAAAAUACUACAGAAAUAUGGCAAAAUGUGAAUAAUUAUUACUUCUAGAUUGUGGCUAUACUGAAGUUUGUUAUAAUAUUUUUUAUGAGUGGUUGUAAUUUUUCAUAUAAAAAGCUAAAAAAUAAAAGAUACAAUCGAUAUAUUUACCUUUCUUCCCCCAAAGGCAAGAACUUUGGCAGGUAUUGAAUUUUUUUCUCCAUGACAGCUCCAUUAAUUUCAGAUUACUGAUUCGUUUCACAAUAAAUACAUAUUUAACAUACA